AUGAAUCUUUACAUUCAUCUAGAAGAAAGCACUACUCAAAAGGAGUGGUAUAGCAAAACACUCAAACAGUAUGAAGAUGACGACGUCAUCGAACGAGUGGAAGAUAAGGCUCCUGGCUCCGUUGGGGUGUACUAUAUUCCCCACUCAGGCGUGUGGAAACCUCACAAGCAAAAAGCAUUGCGUGUUGUAUUUGUCGCCUCCUCGAAACGCAAAGGACAACUCUCCCUCAACGACAACACCUAUAAAGGAGAAUCACUCGUGAAUAAUAUUCGUGACGUCCUCAUAGCAAGUAGAACAUGCAAGAUCAUAUUGAGAAUCCCUUUCGGAGCGAAGCCCUCGCCCAGUAUUCUGAAUAGGUGCCUUCUUUCAUUCUUGCAAUGCAAAGAUAACGACCUAGCCAAAGAUAUCGACGAAAAACUCUAUGUCGACAACAUACUCCUCUCGGCGGAUACUCCAUCAGAAGCUCUCAAAAAGUACCACGAAAGCAAAGCAUUGCCUGCAGAAAUCGGAAUGAACCCCAGAGAGUACGUAUCUAAUUCAAACGAAGUCAAUAGUGCCAUUCCCGUAUAUGGAGCCCCUAGCGGGACCAUAAAAUUACUGAGAGUAACCUAUAAUACCGAAUCGGACGAAUUCACGCUUGAGCUCAAAUUCCCUGACAACAAAAAUUUGACGAAAAGUGACGUUCUCAGUCAACUGAAUUCCAUAUAUGACCCGCUAGGAGUAGCAGCACCUCUAACAAUCCACCUGAAACACAUAAUGAGAAAGAUACACGACCGCACUAUCGAGUGGAAAGAGCCAGUCUCGAAAGACCUGGCUGAUAUCUGGAAAGACACCGGUUCUAAAUUGAACAGCAUUUCUUUAUCAGUCCCUCGCUUCUCUUUCGAAGAUAACAUUGACUCAUUCACAAUCUGGGUAUUCUCAGACGCCAGCACUCAAGCAUUAGCAGUGUGUGCCUAUUUCCGAAACGAACAUACCGCUUGA